AUGGAGUCCUACAUGAGAGCACGAAGAGGACGGGUUGAGCAUCAUCGGGAGGAUCGCGAGUUGGAUGUGUUCAAAUGCGAGCUGAAGACGGGCAUGCAAUAUGCCGCGGCAAAAGGAAAUCUUGAACACGUGUCUGCCUUACUCGAAUCCGGCCUCGACCCGAAUGAAUCAACAUCACCCGCAAUAUGCGCAGCAGCGGGUGAGCACUGGACGGUUCUGGACAUGCUGCUAGACACAGCCGCCACCGACUUGCAUCGUGAAACAGCAUACGGAGACACGAUACUUGAGCUUGCAUGCAAUAGCAGGGACGUCCCCGACGCUCUGAUUAAGCGUUUGGAUUUUGCAAGGCCUGACGGUGUCAAUGCUAGCGGUCCACCACUCAUAAAGGCUGCUCGGGCCAGGAAGGAAGCCGCGGUAACAAUGUUGCUCGAAGCUGGUGCCGACCCACAUCUCAUGAAUCCUGAAGGGGUUACUGCCCUGCAUGUCGCUGCUAGCCUUGGGCACAGCGAUGAUCAGCACACAUCCAUUGCCAUCGCGAAGGCUUUGUUGAAGUCGAAGAUAGCUGUUGAUACCGAAGGCCGUGAUGGUUCCACCGCUCUCAUGUUGGCCUCUCGCGACGGUCAUGGCGAGAUGGUGAGGCUUCUUCGCGACAAUGGCGCCAACGUGCUCUUGAAAGAUAACAGAAAUUGGAGCGUUCUCACGUAUGCAGCCGCCGAAGGGCACGCUGAUAUCGUGGCGAGUUUGCUAUUUGCCGGCGCAGAUCCGCAGACUGACCUGUCAUUUAUAUGCGCUGCCUCAUCCGGUCACUGCAACGUUCUACGUAUCCUGAUCGACUCUGGCGUCAAUGUAGGUGCAACCUCGGAAGAUGGAACAACAGCACUUGUGUCGGCGGUUAAAUAUGGGCGACUUGACGCGGCUAGGUUACUGAUUGAAAGCGGUGCUGCGGUGAACGCGCAAACGGCAGAUGGCACGUCGCCACUUGUGCUAUCUGCUGCAGGAGGACACAAAGGUCUCACAAGACUGUUGUUCGAUAGUGGAUCAAGCGUCAACCUGACAAAUGAAAGAGGAGAAACGGCAUUGAUGGCUGGGAUGAGAACCGAGAUUGGAAAAGUUCGAAGCGCUGUAUUACAAGAGGAGAACCAAGACGUCUCUCGAAUGCUAUUGGAAGCAGGAACAGACGUUAGUGCUUCAACGCACGACGGAGACACAGCACUUUUGUUUGCCACAGAUAUGAGGUACCCCCGCCCGGACAACGUCAGGCUGUUGCUCGAAGCUGGCGCUGAUGCAUCAGUUGCCCAGCGAGCCCAAAGGAUCGCCCUUGUUUCGUACGGUGGAAUUGACAGGAUGAGUCUCUCCACACUCGAGGCUUUGUUGAAAGCUGGCGCGGAUCCGAACGAGUAUGACAGCGAGGGGAUGACUGCUCUCCUGCGAGUGUCUUCCGGUUGGGAUUAUCGACUUGACAAGUUGAGAAUAUUGCUUCGUUGUGGAGCUAGCCCGGAUGUUCCCAGCAACAAGGGACAGACCGCGUUGAUGUUGGCCAUCCGCGACAUGCACUGGGUUUCAUGCUUAACAAUAGUGGGGGAAUUGCUAAAUGCUGGGGCCAACCCCAACCAUGAAGACGCUGCCGGGCGGAAUGCGUUGUUCUAUCUUGCCCAACGCUCUCACAAAAUCCAACAUGGUGAAUUGUUCAGAGCAUUGGUGGACGCGGGUGGGGAUACCUCUGCACUCGCCAACGACCACGAAACCUUGCUCAUGUACUCUGUUUGCCUAGAAGCUUGGACGCUUUUGCAGUUGCUCUUGACUGCUGGGACAGAUCCUCAGGGCUCGAACAAAAAGGGCCGGAAGGCUAUGAUGCUUGCUAGAAAGGUGGGCGGUAAAGACGGCGAACAGGCGGUGAAGUUACUAUUGGACGUUGGAGUUGACCCGAACCAGCGCGAUUGCCACGGGCACAGCGCCCUAUGGUUUGCUUCCUUGUCUUCUCACAGCCCUAUGACUUUGAGGACGCUGUUGAGCGCAGGUAUGGAUCCUCAUGAGCGUGACGCCAACGGUCUUACUCUGCUCAUGCUGGUUUCAUCUAAUAAUAGCAACAGGCAAGCCAUCGCAUCGGAGAUGGUAUUUACGCUAAUUGGAGCUGGUGUUAACGUGGAUUCGCAUGACAACCUCGGAAAUACGGCUUUGAUGUACGCUGCCAAACACAACGGACCCGUCGGCCCCUUGUUGAAGGCUGGCGCAAACCCAAAUGUUACCAACACUUUGGGCCAAACUGCACUAAUAAAGUGUUUUUCCAGAGAGUAUGUCUGCGUGAAGCAGACUUUGUGCCCACUGACGGAUGCUGGGGCUGAUAUCAAUAUGGUGGACAACAAGGGGCGCAGCGUGCUCAUAUUGUCGGCCACCGUCAAACCCCGAUUUGGCGAGAACGUGGAGGCUGUUCAGGAAAUCUUGAAGGUUCCUGGUGUUUCUAUUGGUCACACAGAUAAUGAAGGAAACAAUGCGCUUAUGUGCGCGGAGCGUGUUGGAAACAUUCGGGUCGCAGAUCUGAUUAGAGAGCGCAUGGCUGCAAACAUCUGA